UACCAGCAAUGAGAAAAAUGAGCCCCAUGCUGCACAAACGUAGGCUGCCUUUCUUGUUCAUCACCCUGGUGAAGGACAGAUGACUCCUAAUCAGCAGCUGGAGAGAACAUCCACAGUAUCACCUACCGUCUUGACAUUAUCAUUAUUGAGUUGUGACAUUGUUAUAACCCAAGGUGCUGUGAAGCACACUAAUAAGACAAUGGCAGCCAUGUGCACUGAUAGGACUUGUUUUUUUGUUUUGUUUGUAUGUUCACUGAGACUAAUCUAAGUGACUGGAAUCUUGUUGUGGUGAAAAACAUCUGUCCCGUCUGUGGCGUGUGUAACUGUAACUGUCCUGCCUCCUGCCAAAAUGUCUCAUUUUAAAGAGAUUUGCCACCGCUCCUUAAGACUCUGCUAUCGACUGGUCACUGAAUUAAUCUGAGAGGAUGGGUGAGCAGCUGCAGCUAAGCUUCUGUCACUGCUGCACAAUAAGGGCGAAAGGAUAUACCUAAACGAGGCUGGUUGGAACUUGAGAGGGUUUGGAUAAACGUAACACCUGCAACCAUGGAACAUCCCCGUCUAGUGAUUAACCAAAAGCUUAAAUCCAAAAUUAGUGUCCAGCAGUCUGAAUGGUAACCAGGAGGACAGAGGUUCCGGCAGGAUCUUCAGCGUGGCAUUGGUUGAGGUGCCUCCUCUGUCCUUGGAACCAGAUUGACCAUCAUACCUUGCAUCAAAGCAGGCAAUGGAGGUGCCACUUGUUAAUUUUGAAAACAUGGACGAUGUCGGCAUCAACCUAGGUGACCCAAACGACUCGGGUUAUCCGACCUCACCCACUUCAGAGGCUCCUGAUCAGGAUCUGUUGGCCCACCGGCUGGCUUCUCCUCACCAGUCACCCUGCAGGGGACGGCGCCAACGUCAGUCUGGUCAAGAUGGGUUGUCACCCUCCACUCCUCCAACUCUUACCUCCAAGGCAAACUCCAGCAGUGGCAGUCUGAUCUCCAAUCUGAAGCUCCUGGCCAACAGUGAAUCUCCUACUGAUAGCGUCUUCAGUAAAAUGCUAAAGGACUAUUAUGAAAAUGAAGAUCUGUUUGAAAAGCACUGCUUCGAAGAAAAAGAUGAGAAAGUUGUCAUCAAUGUUUCAGGCUUGAAGUUUGAAACCCAACUCAGCACCCUGAGUAAGUUUCCAGAGACACUGCUGGGUGAUCCUAUGAAGCGGAUACACUACUUUGACCCGAUGAGAAACGAGUAUUUUUUUGAUAGAAAUCGUCCAUCGUUUGACGGGAUACUCUACUACUACCAGUCAGGAGGGAGAAUCCGCAGACCAGCCAAUGUUCCCUUAGAUAUUUUUGCUAAUGAAAUUGUUUUCUAUGAGUUGGGUCAUGAAGCAAUGGAGCAGUUUCGUGAAGAUGAAGGGUUUAUCAAAGAACCUGAGGUACUCUUACCCACAAAUGAAUUGAAGCGGCAGUUCUGGCUCCUGUUCGAGUACCCUGAGAGCUCCAGUGCGGCCAGAUGUGUAGCUCUGGUCUCUGUCCUUGUCAUUGUCAUUUCAAUCUUUAUUUUCUGUCUGGAGACUCUUCCAGAGUUCAGGGAGGACAGUGAUUUUCCUCCAGGUUUCAUCCAAAUGAUCAAUGGUACUCAAGACAAUUCUGCUUCUCACCCUGCCCCUAAAACUGUGUGGACACAUCUCACAGACCCAUUUUUCAUUGUGGAGACUAUUUGCAUCAUAUGGUUCUGCUUUGAGCUUGGUGUCCGUUUUGUGGUGUGUCCCAGUAAAAGUGAUUUCUUCAGUAACAUCAUGAAUAUUAUUGACAUUGUGUCUAUAUUUCCUUACUUUGUCACCCUGGGAACUGAGCUGGCCGCAACGCCCGAAGAUGAUAUGAACGCAGGUCAGAACAUGUCAUUGGCAAUUCUGAGAAUCAUUCGACUUGUGAGAGUCUUCAGAAUUUUUAAGCUCUCCCGACACUCAAAGGGUCUUCAGAUUUUGGGUCAGACCCUAAAAGCGAGCAUGAGGGAACUAGGGCUGCUAAUCUUCUUCCUAUUCAUAGGAGUCAUCCUUUUUUCAAGUUCCAUCUACUUUGCAGAAGUGGAUGAGCCUCAAACACAGUUUGUAAGCAUUCCUGACGGUUUCUGGUGGGCUGUGGUGACCAUGACCACUGUCGGAUACGGAGACAUGUGCCCCAUCACCAUGGGAGGCAAAAUGGUCGGCACCCUCUGUGCCAUUGCUGGUGUCCUGACCAUUGCCUUGCCAGUCCCUGUCAUCGUCUCCAACUUUAACUAUUUCUACCACCGUGAGACCGAACAGGAUGAGAAACAAGUGAUGGAUGCAGCUGCAGAAGCUGCCCUGAAAAUGUCAGCUGCUAACAAAUGUGGAAGUACACUUUCACUCAACAAGAGGAACGGCACCUGGCAAAAUGACAAAAAUGGGAUGCAUUGAGAAAGAUAAGUAAUUUUUGUUAAUGCUAGGGGGCAGAUAAAUGGACAUAAAAAAAUCAAACAUAUCGGUUUGUAAGGCACACUCAGUGCAUCCGUUCAUAUUUUGUAUUUGAAACACGUGCAGAUAAUUACAGUAUUAUUAGGCACCAUGCGGCGAAACAGCCAAUACACCAACUGUCUGUCUGCAUGUAGAUGUGUCAAAGUGCAAUUAACAUAACUCAGCAACUACUGCUUCAGUAACUCUGAGAAUACACAGUGCAGUGAGGAAAAAGAUGUGAUUUCUACAACACACCAACAUUUCACCUAAAAAACUGUUGAUUGAUCAUACAUUAGUAGCGUAGGUUUGUCCCUCAGAUGAAGACAAAUCAAGUAAUCCGAGCUCACAUAGUUCCUUAUUAGUCUACACUUUAUCAUACUCAGCAAAAUCAAGACAGGCCUUGGAAACAUGUUAAAAGGCGGGCAAGUGGGUGCAGUGUAAAAUAGGACACUGGGGUACACAUUGUCUUCUCAGCAGAUCUAUAGGUGCAAAUGUAAAGCCAGCAGCACCUCUCCAUGUAACAAUAUCUGUGUGAUAAAUAGCUGGCGGAGUAGCAUGUCUGCCAUCUAUCUUGUAGAUAACCUGCAAAGUUAAAAAUAAACCUGCUUAAUCUUCACUAUACAUGCAUAAGUUUGCAUGUUGCAGUUUUAGUGAUCAAAAACACAUAUGACCUUUUUAUCUAUAUGAUUUGAUACUAAGCUCCAAUGAACAUGGUUUUGGCUGUAACGGAGACCUCUCAACACAUGUUAUUCAACGGUAAAUUUACCCUUUAAAAUUGCAUCACUUCAUUGCACUGAAAGCAUUUUUUCUGCAUAUGUCUUAAGCACUUUAGGAGCUUUAUAUCAUCCAUUGUUUGCAGACAGUAUGUAUUUGUGUAUUUGUGAUCAGACUAAAGAAUUAGGACAAAGACAAACAAUUACACUUUUUUAUUUUUUUUAUAAAACAUUUAUUUUUUUCAUUUGCCUUCUUUAUUGCAUGGCAUUGUGGCUGAAAUGAAGUUUACUUUCCAUGAUGAUAUCUGAACAUUUGAUACAUUUGAUGUGCAUUCAGACUGAAUUUAUCAUGGAAUUUUAAACUUAUAGUAAGUAACAUUAUAUUUGACAAAAGAUGGGGAGACAUACAGAGAUAAUGAGCUAACUGGAGUUGUGAAAUGAUAACAAAUAAUGACUUGUAAUUUGCAUAAGAAAAACAUGAAUUGGAACUAUUUAUGCAUGAAACAUUUCCGUCAAUGAAAAUGUACUGUAUGUGAGUAUCUUGUUCAUAUAAAUAUGUCUUGUACUGAAAUGUCAGUGAAUGUAAUUGUAACUCAGUCAAUGCCUUUAUAAUAAUCCUUCAAAAUGCAAUAUGGAGACGCAUUGGUCUCAAAGAAGAAUGUUGUGUUUUUCACCCACUGAAAAACUGUACCUUGAAAAUAUAAUGCAAUAAGGUGACAUAAGUAGGUCACUUCAGUAAUCAGCACUUUACUAUGUUACAAAGCACUGAAUAUGUGAAGACUGUUACUGUAAGUGUCAACAUUGUACAGUACACAGUGUCAUAAUUUGCUAUGUUUUAUUUAUCCAGCAAAGAGUGCCUUUCAUUAAACAUAUACCCAAACUGCA